CGUGGGGAUGCGAGCGGGGCGGGAGGGCGGGCUGGCCGCCUCGGGGGCGCCUCUGCGUACUUGCCGAAUGGGAAGCGAUGCUGACGACCGAGAGUUGGGGGCCACUGCCGGGGGCCUGGGCCGGGGCCAGGCCAGCUUUGCCCCCACUGACCCCUCCGGGCAAGAGAGAGAGACCGAGAAGGCCAUGGAUCGGCUAGCCAGUGGAGCACAGAGUGUCCCUAAUGGUGGUCCUACCCAUGGUGAGGGUACCCACUCGGAAGACGAAGGCUUUGCUGUGGAUGAUGAGGAUUCUGAUGGGGACCUGAAUACCUGGGAGCUGUCAGAAGGGGUGUCCGACUGUCCGCCCAAGGAACAGGCUGCUGAUCUUUUUAACGAGGACUGGGACUUGGAGUUGAAGGCAGAUCAAGGGAAUCCAUAUGAUGCCGAUGACAUCCAGGGUUGCAUUUUUCAAGAGGUCAAACCUUGGGUGUGCUGUGCCCCGCAAGGAGACAUGAUCUAUGACCCCAGUUGGCACCAUCCACCUCCGCUGAUAACCUAUUAUUCCAAGAUGGUCUUCGAAACAGGACAGUUUGAUGAUGCUGAAGAUUGAGUCUGUAGCUUUUUGCCUGGUGGGUGGGCAUACCCUCCAGAUAGAGGUCUCUCUUCCUUUCAUUGAGGUGAGAGGUCACAUUUGAGGACACAUUUCCAGCGAUCCCCGAGUUGGGCACGCAGACUGGUGUUAACAGAGGUCCUGAUGUUCUCCAGUUCUGUUGUUGUUGUUGUUGUUGUUGUUGUUUUUAAUGAGCUUCUCCUUGGGACAUGUGAGUGUUUGUGUCUGUGUCAGGAGGAGUUGUGUUCUUUAUAAAUAAAGGUAGAAAAAAUUUGA